AUGGUAAAGAUUAGCUGCCUCUAUACGUGCCAGAUCAAGGACGGUGGGGCUGGGCCAUCCUUCGAAAUCGCUCCCGAGGAUGAGCCAGGUUGCGUCUUUGAUGGCCCCACGCCUGAUGCCAGUCAUGCUCAGCUCCUGGAAGCUGUGGGUGCGGCCCAGCUGGAACCAGCAGGCCCUGAAUUUUUUGGCCUCUUGCACCCAGCUAUCCAGCACCUCAUCCAGAGCUGCCCAGGGGCACGCAAAUGUGGAGGGUACCGCUGGUUCCGCUUCGAGGUGUGCCGCCCAGCAGACGGGGCCCUGCCCGAGGCCUUGCCUUCAGGAAACCCGGGCACUGAUUAUGAAGCUUUCCAGAACCAGGGCUUGGCGGGGCCCGUGGGCUUGGACUUCCCAGAAGCCACUCCUUCUCUGCCCGGUGGGAACGGAUACGCGGAACUCUUUCUGCCCUGUGCUCCAACAGGGGGGUCCCCCAUUCCCCCGAGCCCAGAAAGUGACACUGACUGAAUUUUGCCAGGUAGAACUGGAAAGCUGGGAGCGCCCCCCACCACCCCUAAACUUUCCUGUGGCCGAAACUGCAUGGACAUCUGAAACGGCUGGCACUGUAGUUUGCAUAGUGGCUCUCAUAGCAUGCAUAGGGAUUAAGAUAAUUUAUAUCUAUGA